GCCGCCGUAACUCUGCACUUGAAAAACGAGCGUGUGACGGAGAAGUCUGAUAAAUGUGCUAAGUCUGACGUUCCAGUUUAAGUCAAAUCGGGAUUAUUUGGAUCUUUGGACGCGGUUUUGGUUUCCAGUUUUCCCAAACAAAGCUCACGGACAGUCAAACCACAUCUGGCGGGGUGUUUUUAAAGAGGUUUUUUGAGCGGCGGUAAAGGGGUGUAAGAGGGAAUGGCAGCUCCGCGGCCAAUUAAAGGCAUUUUAAAAAAUAAAACCACCACCAAACCGUGUAGUGAAGUUCCACUGGAGAGCACAGAGCCGACAGGAUCCAGCUUUACCGAGGAUGAUCAACAGAAGAAGUCACAGAAAUGGGACGAGAUGAACAUCCUGGCCACGUAUCACCCAGCUGAUAAAGACUAUGGUCUGAUGAAAAUCGAUGAACCGAGUACACCAUAUAACCGAAUGGUAGGAGAGGAUGAUGACGACGAAGUGCACAGCGAUUCAGAAGGUACAGCAGCCCUCACUGUAGAUGACCUUGCCAAGAAAUUGGCAGCAGCUGAAGGUUCAGGUCCUCGCUGUAUGAGGGAGGAGGAGGAAGAAGAGGAGAGCAGUGAGGAGGAGGAGGAGCAACUCAGUCCAGAGGAACAGGCCAAGAAGAAGCAGUUUGAGAUGAUGAGGAAGAUGCAUUAUAAUGAAGGACUUAACAUUAAACUGGCCAGACAGCUGAUCGCCAGAGAGCUUGAGGAGGAGGAGGAUGAAGAGGAGGAUGAGGAGAUGAAGGAUGAUACUGAGACAGAGGACAUUAAUGUAGAUCCUCCUCAAGAUGCAGAUUCACUAGAGUCCUAGGUGAGGACAUAGUGCAUUGAGAAGAGUCUUGGAGGCUGUGAUUGAGGACGUGCUGCUCCCUGAUGUUCCUUUUAUAUUCAACACGCACUGCAAUGCAAAAACCAUACUGACCCGCUGGCUGCUCCGUCUGUUGCCAAGAGUGUCGUGUUACUUUUGUCUCGCGAGAAACCAAGACAAAAAGACUGUUAUCAGAGAGGCAAAGUCAUCAGUGAUAACCAAGCCGCUGCUUUUUAUUUUUUAAUUCAACAUGCAGCCACAAAACUGCAGUGUUGGUACAAGCAAAUAAUGCCCCACAUAUUCCUACUACUAUUUUGCCUGUAGAAGGUGUAAUCUGGAUUUUUCCAUAUAGCCUUAUAUUGAUGUUUUUAAUCAUGAGCAAUUUAGUUCAAAUUUGGAUUGACCUGGACCAUUCGACUUGAGUGAAAUUUUUGUCCAUCUAAUCAGUCGUCACUACAAACAGACAGCUUUGCUCUCCAUGUAAAAACAUAGCUUUGAGUCUUCAAUACUUUGUGGAUAGACACAUUGAGAAGACUUUAAAAAGCAACACCUAAAAGUACACUUAUAUUUACUAACCUGCUAACAGCAGGUUAGUAAACCUUAGCAGGGUUUUUUUUUUUUUUUCUUAAAUAAAUGAAGGUUGUAAUCCUUUGCGGCACCACUGUCAUCACUAAUGUGAUCAUUUUUGAAACGGUAUGAAAUAUGGAGUCAUUUUUGUGCCAAACAUUUUAAAGGAACAAUCCAAAAGAUCACCUUUUUACCUUAGAUGUUUGGCAUCUUAAGUUCUGAAACAAAUUGAACUAGCAAGUAAUGAAAACAUAGCUAGCAGUUCAAUAAUUUCUAAACAUAGACAUAGUUGAUUUUCCUUUGAUUCCAAAACUUAACCUCUCUCUCAAUUUAAGUUUUCUGACUUUUUUUUUAAUCAAUCUAUUUACUGAAAAUGCCAGUUUGCAUGAUUUGCUUCCAGGAAAGGGUGAAUUUUGCACCCACCACCUUACAUUUUGCUUUACACCUAGCUCUCUGUGGACUGUAAUCCUGUGAGUCUACCAGUCUUGAAAAUGUGGGCCAAUAGAUAAGUGAUGUUUUCUGACAUUCUACUACUUUGUUUCUGUGGUAAAAGCUCAUUCACAGCAGAUUAUCGAGAAUACACUGAUUUUAAAAGCUUGUGUAAUCUUGAUAUGAUGACGAUUUCUGUUGGGAGACAUUUUAUACUUAUGGAAGGAGCCUCCAGUGUCGGCCCUUUGUACUAGUUAAAGGUAAAGCUACAACUUGGUUUCCGGGACAGAGGAAUUUACACUUUGUGGUUUCUUGGAAAUAUGAUAAUCUGCAGGGAUCGGGGGGGUUUUUUGUGCGGUGUGUGGGUUUUUGGUUUUUAUUUAUUUAU